AGGCUAUAUAUACAACCACGUUUAUACGAAUAGAUCAGUCUUAACACAUAUCGUCGGUUAUUAAGAUCAUAGUAUAACUUUCUUCUAAGCAAUCGAAUUUUAUAAUUUUAAGAAGUUUGGAAAAAAUACCGCUGUUGUUUAAGAAAAAAAUGUUUGCCACAGUCUUUAUUUUUGCGUUUAUAACAGUACAUGUUACAGCAGAAAUACCUUCCUAUAUUCAUGUAUGUGGACGCAGAGAUCCUAAUAUUAAUCAAUGCAUCAUGAACAACGUCGAAAAUUUAAAGAAUAAACUUUGUGAUGGAAUUCCGGAACUAUAUAUUGAAUCAAAUAAUCCACUUCUUCUUGACACACUAACAAUUAUUAAUACACCCGAGAACAAAAUAUAUUUCAGAGAUGUUGAAAUAACGGGGUUAUGUGAUUACAUUAUACAUUUUAUUUAUUUUGAUAUUGAUAAGCUCCAUUUUGAUGUUGAUUUAUUGUUUACACAACUUCAAAUAAAUGGUACAUAUGAUAUCGAUCUACGUAUAUUGGCUACGCCCAUCAUUCAGAAGGGAAAAGUUUAUUUUACUUCAGAUAAUGUAGGAGCAAAAGUAAACGCAGAUUUGAAAAUAGUAACCAAAAAUGGCAAAAGAUACGUAUACAUAUCAAAGAUGAAAGUAAAUCUUGACAUCAAAGGAUAUAACAUGGAGUUUGACCAAAUUCAGAUGCCACAAUUAAAGCAAUUAAAUGAAAUUGUUAGGAACUUUUUAGGUAAUAAUCAAAAGGAGAUUAUUAGAACACUGAAGCCGUUCUUGGAAGAAGUAGUCACCAAACAAACCAUCUCAGUUUCCAACCGUAUAGUUACACACUUUACUUAUGAGGAGCUCUUCCCUGACCGCACUUAACUGCUACAAAUAUCUUGACACAAUAAACUUAAUAUAAGAAUAAUUGAGGUUAAUUAAGUCUCUUUGUUUUAACAAUAUAUAUUAAAAAUGUACAUUUUUUAUAUUAUACGUAAAUCUAAUUUAUUUAAUUUUGUUUUUCUUUAAAAA